UCGCCCCCUUUAGGCGGGAAGUACAGGGGUGUCUUCCUCCUCUCUACGUUUACCCCUUUUGCCCCCGACGGUCGUGCCUGGCAUGGCUGAGAUUGUGGAGUUCCGCGUCCCCCAGGGGAAUGGCCGGACUCUUUUAGUCUUGGGGCUGGAGCUGGAGGCGUCGGAGCAUGCUCUCCAUCUUACCUUCUCUGCCUUUGGACUGCUCCAUUCUGUAAGAGUCCACAGAAAUGCUUCAGUAGCUGGCCCUGGCUAUCAUGCCUUUGUUAAGUUCUACUCUGCCCGAGAUGCCAGCAAGGCACAACAGGUGUGCAACGGGAGGUCACUGUUUCAGAAAACUGCUCUGAAGGUUUGCAUUUGCACCAGACAGAGGGCCCUUGCAAAGCAAACAUUACCUUUGAACAGUUGCAAAAGCCAAGAAUUAGCCAAUUACUACCUUGGUUUCAAUGGUUGGUCCAGUCGCAUCAUCACGCUGCAGAAUGUACCUGGCUUUGAAGAAGACGAGAAAGAAGGAGGAGCAACAUUGCCCAGACCCCAUCAUUCAAAGUAUCUUUGUGUGCAAGAAUUAAAUAUCCCAAGUUACGGGAUCUAUACCAGAGGGAUUGGUGUGGUUGAACUUCAAGUGGACCCCAGUCAAGGGUUUCUCACAGCAUCUCGCAAUGCUCAGAAGUUUGCAGUGCAACAGGCACUUUCAGAUGCAUUUCGGAAAAUACUCUUCAUCAUCUUAGAAAAUGGGAAGUUGGCAGUGGAAUACAGCUGUCCUGAGAAUGACCUCAUUGACUGUUUAUCAGAAGAGGAACUCAGGGGUCAGAUUCAGGUUACUGAAUUGUCAUUUUCACAGCUAGACCCUCUAGGAGAAGAGGAGGUCUUUUAACAUGGAUGGAGAAUUGCUGAUAAUUGACACAGAUUCUGUUUUCUUCUUGCUGAUCUGGAAGGGUAUCCUGUUCUCUCCUAAGCUCAUUUCCUAUCAUCCUGGAAAUGGGUUCUCUUUGUUUUUGGAGUUUUCGGUGAUGAAGCUACCAAUCAGAAGACAGUGCUCUUCCAAGGAAAGACUAAUUGCCUAUUUAUAAUUAGUGAUGAUUGGAGAUACAGUAAUACUUUUAUGGUUUUUAUAUUUUUCUGAUCAAUGGUUUACUGAUAGAAAAGACAAUUUGACUCUAUAUCUUUUUUAAUAGGCAGCAAAUGUAUCCACUAAAAUGGAUCACAAUAGGAUGAUUAUUCUCACCCCACCCACAAAUCAUUGCUAACUGAGGGAGUGGGCCAAUAAAAAUAGAACAAACUAUUGAAAAGAAAGGAAAAACAAGAGGCAUUAUUUUCUACCCUUACAGUUACUUUUUACUUUCCUCCAGAUUUUAUUCAACUUUCUCACUAGUAUAGUUCCUACUUAUCCUCAUGCCAUCCCAAAAAUAGAAUGUCUGGGGAUGCUAUAGUCACUAUGUUUGUGUUUGUGUGUGAGAGACAGGUUUCUGUAUAUAAAAAUAGUCAAUGGAUAUAGAGCGAGACCACACAAUAUUAUCAAUGGGAAUAUACUAUUUUACAGGAAAGUAAUUUAAAUUGAUUAUUAAAUAAUUAUUUUUGUGCUGCCUUGUCCAUUUCUUCGAAAGUAGAUUUUGGGAGGGGUGUCUGUAACAACAAUAGCCAUAGCAAAUCACUGUUGCAAGAUGAUGUGAUAAUUUAAUCACCCCAAAUCUCUAGCAACCAUUUAUCAAUUUUCACUUUAAUGUUCUUUGGAAAAGUCUUCCUAUGGAAAUUAAGCUGAUGUCCCUGAUUAAGAUCAAGUUGUUCUGGAAAGCAUUUUAAUUUAUUUGGAAUGUUUUUUGUUGUUACUGCUAUUUUUUCCAUAGUUGUCAUUUUUAAUAUUCUCAAAGUUGAUUUUAUGUUUUUAUAUUUACCAUAGGUAUUGUAAAUUGUCCCACUUAUAGCACUCAUGUAAGCCUCCAGGAAUUGGGCUGCUUGAAAUGUGAUACAAAUGCAAUAAACAAAUUAGGUCCAAAGGAA